AGUUAGUCUUGAGUAAAAAUCUCGGUUUUUAAAUCAAGGCUCCGGAGUCUGGAUCUACGUGCUACAGAUCUACUACAGUACUAAGAAAAGAAACUGAUUCUGCUAAACAUUUGACUUAAAAUGCAAGAGUGUGUUUUACCCUGUUCACCCAACUGGUUUUUAUCAUCAGCUAGUAGUGGGAAUGACUCAGGUCUUUAUGCUUUUGGGGCUCGAAAUAGUGUGUAUAUUUAUGACAUUAAAAACACACACAUUGACUGCGUUGGAGAUAUUAAUAUUGAUAAUGAAAAAAAACCAAAUCUUGUCCCAAAACUGGUUGCUUGCUAUAUGGAACACUUGGAUAAAAUUACUGCUGUGUGCUUGUCUCCGGAAUCCAGUCAAUGGAUUUGUUGCUCCUCUGAUGAUAGCAGUGUGAGACUCUGGGAUAUUCGAUCUUUAGUGACAAUACAGAUUCACAAUGAGCACAAGGAAAAAAUAACUUGUAUGUCUUGGUCUCCUAGAAAUUUAGACAAUAUUUUCACAGCCAGUGAGAAGGGAACUGUGGUUGUAUGGAAGUUGAAAAGUAAUACUGUUCGAUCUUUUCGAAUUGAGAAGGAAUUUGUUUACUGCAUCAAAGCUUCACCACAUUCUGCUUCACAUCUUGCUAUUGGAUAUCGUACUGGACUUGCCUUAAUAGUCGAAGUUGAUAAAGACCGUCCUAAAAUUUUGCAAAGAUUAAGAGGCCAUGAAGGGGAAAUUACUAGUAUUUGUUGGUCUCCAAUCAAGGGAGAAAACUUUUUACAUGAGGAUGGCGAAGAUAAUGAUGGAGCAUUGAUUGCCACAGCAGGAAGGAGGUCUAUCAAAAUCUGGAGUAGCACCAAAGGAAAAGAAGUUCUCAGUAAAAAACUUCCACAAGGCUCAGCAUUCAGAGGUGACUUCCAAGAUCCAAUGGCAAAAAAGCAGUGGCUUGAAAUAUGCUGGCCUAAAACUCUGCCGCAUAAACUUAUUUCAACUUCUUCAGGACAACCGGGAGAGUUGUUUCUGAUAGAUCUCAGUAAAAAAGGAGAGCAAAAAUUGGAGUCUUUUGUGUCAAAAAAUGUAAACAGGCAUACCCGCAUGAUUUUUAAUUUAACUCUGGUUGACAACAAACUCUGCUCAUUCGCACUGGAUAGAACAAUUGGUGUGUGGAGUUUGGAGUCUUUUGAGGGCCUUUGUUUGUUGAGUUCAUUUGGAGGCUAUAUUUACAGUAUUAGAGAGUCUCCUCUUGAUCCUGGUUGCAUAGCGAUUGGUGCAGGUGACAAUACCAUUAGAAUUUGGAAUCAAAGUAACAAGUCCAACCCUUUUGAUAUGUCAUGCUUGUACCAUGGUAUAAAAUCUAAGAUUACCACGGUUGCCUGGCACCCUGAGAAAGAAGGAUUACUUGCCUAUGGUACAGAAGAUGGUCGUGUGGGUGUUUACAACACAUUAGUUGCCAAGCCACCUACUAUGUCCUCGACUUUUCAUAAUAAAACAGUUUAUGUUGUAUGCUGGGCUCCGCCAAUACAGUCAGAUGCAGGGGGCAGCCAGGUGUAUUCUAUAGGUGAUGGAACAAUUCUGCAACAUUUUAUUGGAGAUUCUAACAAGUCAGCCGUGAGCCUGGUCAAGGCUAUUCAAGCAGUCAAUGGGGUUGAGAAAGAAAAGUUGAUUAGGAGUGAGUUAUCUUGGAGGAAAGACUUCUCUGCAUUUGCUGUUGGCCAUGACAAUGGAUCUGUGUCAGUUUACAGUUUCCCCAGCCUGAAGCACAUGUACCAAAUAGCUGUCCAUCGCAAGUUUAUCAACUGUCUGCGCUGGCACCCAGAGACAACAGCUGAAUCUCCCGGGGGAUCUCAGUGUAGCUACUGGCUGGCCCUUGCUGGGAAUGACAGUACUAUCUCUGUGGUUGACUUGACUUCAGCUCUUGCUAAACCAUGUACUGAUAUAAGCAGCCCCAUUGUCAUCACACAUGUGUCCUGCCAAGUGGAUGGACAUGGCUCUAAGACAACGGACCUCUGCUGGAGCCCCCAUCGUGAUGGGAUGCUGGCCAGUGUAGGCUACGACAACACAGCCAUGGUGUGGGAUAUGCAAAAGUGUGAGGUGGUGUCAACUUACGGUGAGCACAACGCCAGGUUGAUGACCGUAUGCUGGAGCAGCAUUGACCCAGACUGUAUCCUGACCGGGGGCUUGGAUGCCACUGUCAGGCUAUGGAAGGUCUCAACACACCCUGGUCUACAACUCAACAGUGCUGAAAGAAGAAAGAAAAAGAAGAGAGUGAUAACAAGAGCACCUGAGGCCUUAAGUUUAGAGGAAGCAGCUUCAGAGCAAGAAAUACAAGAGUUGCAGGACUUGCUUGAGCUUAAGAGACAGCAGUUGUCUAAGAUAGACACAGCUGACAACAGGGAUACACUGGAACAAAAUGGUCAAGCUGGCCACACUGGACUCGCUCAACAAGACACUAGCCGGACGGAUGUCGCAUCAACCGGACCCGGCAAACUGCCGGACUUUGUACAGCCGUCAGCUGUUGGCUCCUCCACCCGUGAGCCCUCACGCGCCUCCGCUCCACUAACAGCGCCACCUACCGACGAGGUCCGCAACAAGGGAGAUAAGGACAGCGAUCUGCUCGACGUUAUUGAUCUGGUUACUCCGGUGAAGCCCCUCUUCCCGAAGCCUAACCCCACUAAGCCUACAAAUACCGAUGUUUCUACUACAGAAGCAAACAAGAAGCGCAAAGUGAAAGUCAAAUCAUUUUUUCCUGUGUCUGCUGCUGCUAACAACCGCGGGAAGUCCUGCCAACAGGAGGACAUCCUUGACCUUACCCGUAUCGUGACUGGUCAAGGUUCCCCUGACCUACUUGAUAGCAAACCACAUCUUGGUAUAUUCGGCGAUCGCCUCGGUGCCCACAGAUGUCUGCUGCAAGAAAGCGAAUACCACCUAAACAAUGAUAACAUGGAAUACCACCUUCAGCUGGAGUUGUGGCGUGGAAACAUCGCGGGGGCCGUGCAGAUCGCCAGACAAAGGAACGAGUUAUCUGAUUGGAUUGUAGCGAUGGCCCCGCUUGCGUCACAUGACCUCUGGGAACUGGUUAGUGCUGAGUACGCUGAGCAGCUGGAGGAGGAUGGUCAGUACCACAAGGCAGCGACCUACCUGCUGGCUGCCCACAAGGUGCAUCAGGCCAUCGACUUGUUCAGGAGGCAUCGCUUGUUCAGAGAAGCUGUGUCUCUAGCCAAAAUGCGUCUCUCACCAGUGGACUCACUGCUUGAAGACUUGUACACAGAAUGGGGUCAAAGUUUAAUGAAAGAUGGCCAGUUUGAACAAGCUGCUAAAUGCUACUUAGCCAUGAGACACAUCCAAGAAGCUGGUAAAGCACUGACUAGAAGAUUAGACCAAUCAUCUUUAAAAACAGCGUGUCACAUGACCAUUUUGGCCAAUGAUACUCAACAAGGCCUGUCCUAUGCUUUUAAGUUAUUCUCUCAAAACUUUGUGAUGGGAGAGUGGCAGGAGGCUUAUACUUUUAUCCAAGAACAUGAAUCACUGAAGUUCUUGCUCCCUCUGGUGAGCACUCAUGAGAUGCUGGUCCAGCAGCUUGCUGUCAUGUGUCCAGGGCUGAACUUGACCCACAAGCCACUCACACCUGAUAUGUUUGCCCACUGGGACCAGAAGGAAACUGCCAACAAUAAAAUCACUCUGCCUGAGUUCCUUGUAGACAAGUCUGAGAUAGAUCCAGUGGUUCCAUGGGAGCCAUUCCUGAUAGAUGAGCACACCUUCCCCCACCAUCUGCUGCGCUCAUGGUACAAACACUUUGACAUCAACAUGGUGACCCAGGAGUUGACAGCCAUGCAUGCCGCCAUCUCACAGUUGGUGUCACUCAGGCAGAACCUGGGGGACCUGCCUAGUCUGCUGGUGAUGGUCAGCAUGGACAUCACCCUCUGUCUCCUGGUACUGCUCACCUCGGACACGUCCAAGGCCAUCGUCCAUCUGAUAGAAGCAAUGUCCACACUGUACAACAGCAAGCACAAAACACUACACCAAGCUUUGUGUCGCCUCAUGCUCCCUCAAGGUCCAAAGUACUUGCUGAAGCUCCAGCAGGAGUUCAAUGCUUCCAGAGUCCUCAUCACCAUGGAGAGUCACGGAGAUGUCAACAAGGCUGGAGGUGAAGGUCAUAACAGUAUUAAAAAGUUCCUGAGCGACAUUAAAGACGACAGCUCCAUCUCAACGCCCAGCGUGCGGUGUAGGGAGCUGGACUGUCUGCGGGCGUACUACUACUUGGCCGUGUUGGACUUUGUCCGCGAUGGCUUCCCCAAUGGUCAGCAGGAGGAGGACAUCUUUGAUGGCAUGCCCAACCAGGUGUUCACUGACCCCAACAGCUGCGUCAGGGAGUUUAAAAACAAAGAGCUGUCCUCGUCUGUUGACCCUUCAUGUCUGACUACGCCCUGUGUGGACACCUUGAUAAAAAACAUUCACAACAGCUUUGGAAACAUCAGUGACCUAGACCAGAAUGGUAGAAUCAGUCAGGCGCCAGUGUCAGAUGGUAGAAUCGGUCAGGCGCCAGUGUCAGGUGCUAACUUAAAUUCUGACAAAAAGACACUUUGUGCUGGUGACUUACAAAGUCAGCCAGGCCAUCAAAAAAACUUAGCUCAGGAAUAUUCUGCACAAUCAUACUCUGUGGACCCGCCUGUAGUGCCUUUCUCUCAGAAGAAAACUCAGCUGCCUAUAACAGCACAGCAGGGUAGGAAAUCCCCCUUACCCACCACACCCGUGAAAUCACCCACAGACUCCAUAAAAAGCUCAAAAACUUCCCCCACCACCUCACUACACAGGCAGACGUCAGCACAAAAAGGUCACCUGACCAACACGAACCUGCUCAGGCUAUCCAAGGGCAUUCUCUGGGAUGUGCAAGCCAAGCGUGAGGCGCUGACCGAGACCCUGGGCUACAUCCACCGAGCCAUAUCUCAGCAUUUACUGACAGUCCGACCAGCGGAGGAGCACAAGUCUGGCUGUGCCAUGAGCCCCACCCCCAGCAGCUCCAGCUGUAAAACCAGCACUGACGGGAGGGGGCUGGAGGAGGAUGGGAGCUGUCACCAGACACGCCUCUCACCAUCACCGCUAUCACCCACCACAUCAGAAAUCUUAAACACCGGAAAGACUCCCGUCCGACCAACAUUUUUCAAUACAAACACUUCGAAUAACUCAGAGUCUACCAGCCCUAAAGACAAUGACAGCAAUGAAAAAUCAAAAUCCAGUGGAUCCAACUCUGGUGGUGAGCGCACUCGAUCUCUCUCACCCAAAUCUCCUAACUUAAAUGAGUUGAGCAGCAGGGGACCAUUUCGGAGCAAGUCAGACAAUUCUUCAUUGUCUCCCUUAAGUCCAUCAUCCGCUCUAGAUCCCUGCGUGGCUCUUCAAGUGGAGCAUGACUUGCUUGGACAUUACGAUGGAAACCAAGUGACAUUUCAAAAACCAACCAAAGUAUUGUGGUUGGAUGGGAGAGGAUCCUCUGUGGACCAGAGCCCAACAAGCCCAAAGCCUGCUUUUAACAUGUCAAAGUUAGCCCCAGAUGGCAGCACCAUUCCAAUAGAGUGGUAUGAUCUUCCAAUAGAUGUCAAAUACACACAACCUUACGUCACUCUGGCCUUGCUUAAACAUGAAGAAGAUGCUGUUAAUCAAGAGUUGAAGAGAGUGCCAGAGAUCUCCCAUGUUCCCUUCCCUCCCACUAGAAAUAGUAUCCGUCGACUGCUGGAUGCCUGCCUGAACUCCCCGCACCUGAGUAAAGAAGAAAAACAUUCAUACUUCAAACAACUGAAUGACUGGGCUGUUCUGUUUGCUGUCACCACCCACCAGCAGACUGAGACAGACACCUUGUUUUCAUCAGCUGCUCUAGAACAUUUUACAGCAGGCUGAUUGUUGAUGUUGUCAGGACAAGUGCUCUCAAAUGAACUGGCCUUUUUUUGUUUUAUUUUAUUACUUCAGCUUAAUAUAAGUUGACAAAUUUGUUUUGUUAAUAAAUUUAUCCAUUCCUUCCAAAUUGUAUAUUUAGUUGGAAAUUGUUGAUUGUAACAGUUUAAAAAAAAAUCUCCACUAUUUUGUAUUUCAGAGCUAGAGAUAAAUAGUGAUUUCUUUGGUUUGAAAAUAUAUGGGUUACCAUUUAUAACUUAUAUAACAUUAAAAUAAAAUUGGUUGGAAAUGAAAUUCUGAUAUAUUCUUUCAGCAAAAAGUUUUUCGAAUUGAUGCAGAAAAAAAAAUUCCUUUUUUUUAAAUGAAUCAUUCUGUUGUUUAAAAAUUAAUUCUUGUUGUUGCUAUCUGGUUGACUAUUACCUUUAAAAUAAACAAAAAAGUAAAAUUGUCUUUAAACUUGACGUUUUCAAUCUCAGCUAACAUGGGUUGCUUUUUAACAUCCAUGCUAACUAAUCAAAAGAAUGGCUGCGGUAAUGCAACCAGCAUCAGUAUUAAAUAUAGGUGUCAGCGACCUGAUGGUUGGACCAUUAUGUUAGCUGCUGAAGACCUUAGUUUGGACCAUUGCAGUGUAAAUGAAGCAACCUUUUGAGGCUGCCAGCUUUUAACAGGUCUGCUUGUGAUGUAUACUUGUGUUAGUAUAAUGGAGCUUAACAUAGUCCUUGACAUUUAAAUUAAAAAUGGAAAUGUGAUUUAAAUUAAAGCUGCUGUGCCUCAUCAAAAUGCAAAUUUUUUUAAAUGCAUCAUUAUCCCUGGUAAAUUUAUAAAAAGAAAUCCAAAAUUUUUUUCAGUGAGAUUAGGUUUUCAGAACAAACUAUUCUAUGACCUAAUUUAAAAAUCCUGAUUGUGGAAUGCAGAUGUGCCAGUAUUUGUUACCUUGAUGAUUGUUUUAUUGCAGACCACAACAAAAUAGUGGAGAAAACUCAUUACAUUUGUUUGAAAGACAUUGUUAUUGUAAUAUUUUUUAAGUGUGAUAUUGUCAUUAAACCAGUGUUAACUUU